GAUGAGGCUUUCAUCAACGCUGUUCAGAGCUACUAUGAGAUCUUCCUGAAAAGUGACCGUGUGUCCCGGAUGGUGCAAAGUGGUGGUUUUUCGGCCAGCGACUCUCGAGAGGUUUUUAAGAAGCACAUCGAAAAGCGCGUGCGCAGUUUGCCUGAGAUCGACGGCCUGAGCAAAGAGACCGUGCUGAGCUCGUGGAUAGCCAAGUUCGACACCAUCUACCGAGGGGAAGAAGACCUCCGGAAGCACCAGCAGAGGAUGACUGCCAGCGCUGCCUCCGAGCUCAUCCUCAGCAAGGACCAACUGUAUGAAAUGUUCCAGCAGAUCCUGGGGAUCAAGAAGUUUGAGCACCAGCUGCUCUACAAUGCCUGUCAGCUGGACAAUCCUGAUGAGCAGGCGGCUCAGAUCAGAAGGGAACUGGAUGGACGGCUGCAGAUGGCAGAUCAGAUCACUCGGCUCGGAGGAAGGUUUCCAAGGUUCGUUUCCAGAGAGAUGGAGGCCAUGUACAUCGAGGAGCUGCGCUCGUCUGUCAACCUGCUGAUGGCAAACCUGGAGAGCAUGCCGGUCUCCAAGGGCGGCGAGUUCAAGCUGCAGAAGCUGAAGCGAGGACACAACACCUCCAUUAUGGACAUGGGUCAGGAGGAUGAAAAUCUGCUGUCCAAGUCAGACGUGGUCCUCUCAUUCACUCUGGAGGUGGUGAUAAUGGAGGUUCAGGGUCUGAAGUCCUUGGCUUCAAACAGAAUAGUUUACUGCACCAUGGAGGUGGAAGGAGGACACAAGCUGCAGACGGACCAAGCUGAAGCCUCCAAACCAAUCUGGGGAACCCAAGGUGACUUCACCACCACCCAGCCUCUACCUGCUGUGAAGGUGAAGCUGUUCACUGAGAGCACAGGCGUGCUGGCUUUGGAGGAUAAGGAGCUUGGGAGGGUUGUGCUUCACCCGACUCCCAACAGUCCCAAACAGUGUGAGCUCCAUAAGAUGGCAGUGUCUAAAGGCUGCCCAGAUGAGCUCAAGAUAAAACUAGCCAUCCGCAUGGACAAGCCACAGAAUAUGAAGCAUUGUGGGUAUCUUUGGGCCAUUGGCAAAAAUGUGUGGAAAAGAUGGAAGAAGAGAUUCUUUGUCUUGGUACAGGUGAGCCAGUACACUUUUGCGAUGUGCAGCUAUAGAGAGAAGAAGGCUGAGCCGGUGGAGCUUCUGCAGCUGGACGGCUACACUGUGGACUACACCGACCCUCAGCCAGGUCUGGACGGCGGCCGGACGUUCUUCAACGCUGUGAAAGAGGGCGACACUGUGAUAUUUGCCAGCGAUGACGAGCAGGACCGCAUCUUAUGGGUGCAGGCCAUGUACAGAGCCACUGGUCAGUCCCACAAGCCGGUGCCCCCUACCCAGGUCCAGAAGCUGAAUUCCAGGGGCGGCACUGCCCCGCAACUCGAUGCGCCCAUAUCCCAGUUCUAUGCUGACCGAGCCCAAAAGCACGGCAUGGAUGAGUUCAUCUCGGCCAACCCGUGUAACUUUGACCACGCCUCCCUGUUUGAGUCAGUGCAACGACUCACCUUGGACCACAGACUAAAUGACUCCUACUCCUGCCUGGGUUGGUUCAGUCCCGGCCAGGUGUUUGUCUUGGAUGAAUAUUGUGCCCGCUACGGCGUCAGAGGCUGCCAUCGGCACUUGUGUUACCUUAGUGAUCUGCUGGAGAGGGCCGAGAAUGGAGCCAUGAUUGACCCCACGCUGCUUCACUACAGCUAUGCUUUCUGUGCCUCCCACGUACAUGGGAACAGACCCGAUGGGAUCGGCACAGUGACUGUGGAGGAAAAGGAGCGUUUUGAAGAAAUCAAAGAGAGACUACGAGUUCUUCUGGAGAACCAGAUCACACAUUUCAGAUACUGUUUUCCAUUUGGACGACCAGAGGGAGCACUAAAAGCAACUCUGUCCUUGCUUGAAAGGGUUCUGAUGAAAGAUGUUGUGACACCAGUCCCACAAGAAGAUGUCAAAGCUGUGAUCAGGAAGUGUCUGGAACAGGCCGCCAUAGUCAACUACCAACGCCUGUCAGAGUAUGCAAAACUGGAAGGGAAAAAAAGAGAGAUGUAUGAGCAUCCUGUCUUCUGCUUGGCAUCUCAAGUGAUGGAUUUAACUAUUCAAAACGUAGGACGUUUAGUCACCCCUGCCAAAAAGCUGGAGGACACUAUCCGUUUGUCUGAGCUGGUUAUCGAGGUGCUUCAGCAGAAUGAGGAACACCAUGCUGAGGCCUUUGCGUGGUGGUCGGACCUGAUGGUGGAACAUGCUGAGACCUUCCUGUGUCUUUACUCGGCCGACAUGGAUGCAGCCCUUGAAAUCCAGCCGCCUGACAGCUGGGACAGUUUCCCUCUUUUCCAGCUGCUCAACGACUUCCUGAGAGUGGAUUACAACCUGUGCAACGGAAAGUUUCAUAAACACCUGCAGGACCUGUACGCCCCUCUGGUGGUGCGAUACGUGGACCUGAUGGAGUCGUCCAUCGCUCAGUCCAUCCACAGAGGCUUUGAAAGAGAGUGCUGGGAACCAGUAAAGAGCAUAGCAAGCACUCUGCUGAGUGUCAACAUCCAAAUGCCCAAACUACCAAAUGUAACAGGACCAAGUGUUAGCCUCCCACAGAUACCCAGCACAGAUAACCCAAUGUGUUUUUGUCACAUUUGGGAAGUUGACAACGGGUCAGCAACUUCAGAGGACCUGUUCUGGAAGCUGGACGCUCUGCAGACGUUCAUCAGAGAUCUCCACUGGCCGGAAGAAGAGUUCGGCAAGCACCUAGAAACCAGACUGAAGCUGAUGUCCAGUGACAUGAUAGAAUCUUGUAUAAAACGGACACGAGCAGCAUUUGAGGCCAAGCUGCAGAGAAGCAGCCGGACCACAGAUUUCCGCGUCCCUCAGUCCAUCUGCACCAUGUUUAAUGUCAUGGUGGAUGCCAAGUCCCAGUCAGCCAAACUGUGUGCCGUGGACCUCGGUCAGGAGAGACAAUACCACUCCCAAAUCGACCAUCUGAUUGAGGAGACGGUGAAGGAGAUGAUUACUCUUUUGGUUGCAAAGUUUGUGGUCAUUCUAGAGAGUGUGUUAUCUAAACUCUCUAGAUACGAUGAAGGAACGCUCUUCUCUUCCUUCUUAUCUUUCACAGUAAAAGCUGCCUCAAAGUAUGUGGAUGUACCUAAGCCAGGGAUGGAUGUUGCAGACUGCUAUGUUACCUUUGUUCGUCAUUCCCAGGACAUGCUGCGAGAGAAGGUCAAUGAGGAGAUUUACGUGGAGAGACUUUUUGACCAAUGGUACACCAGCAGCAUGAAUCUUGUUGGAACAUGGCUGACUGACCGCAUGGACCUGCAGCUGCAUGUCUACCAGCUGAAGAUACUCAUCAGGAUCGUCAAAAAAAAGUACCGUGAUUUCCGUCUCCAAGGAGUUCUGGACUCAACAUUGAACUGUAAGAUGUAUGAGACCGUAAGAAAUCGGCUGACCUUAGAAGAAGCUACCGCUUCGGUGAGGGAAGGAGGGAUGCAAGGCAUUACGAUGAGGGACAGCGAUGAAGAUGAUAACGAUAACUAGAUCAAUGAUCUGGUUACCACCAGAGUGUUAAAAUGGUGUGGGACAUUCCAACAACCCCAGGUUGUCUUUUCUUGAGUUCAGAACAGAUUAUCCAGUCAAUCUGCUUUUCUUUUCUUUUUUCUUUUUUAUGUCAAAUGUCACAUUCUAAUGGUCAAUUAAUAAACGUUUCUGUAAAAGUUAUUACAAAAUGAGAAGACUUGAUGCUGAUCAAAAACUGUUAUCAAAAUAUAAACGGUACAUGAUCUCUCACUAUGCUGACCAACUUUUCAUCGGUCUCUGAAACAAAAAGCAGCUGAAGAAAUAUAAACUUCCUUUUCACCUGUUUUUGCUACUGAAACUUGAAAAGCCCUAAAUAGCAAUUCGCAAACAAGUGAUUGGUGUCUUAAAAAAAAAAAAAAAAAAAAAGAUAAUUGAUAUUGAUAUUCCUCCCUGAAGUAAAUGGCUGGGCAGUUGUCAUGGCACCUAUUAUCAGUAAUGGAAAGCAUGACACGGUGCUGCAAAGGUUGAUUUAGAGGUCGGAAAGACUCGUCGCUUUCACUGGUAACUUACCUGAUUGACUCUCAGACCCCAAUCUCUGCUAGAUUUGAUGUAAACAUUUCCCUUCUCAGAUGAGGCCCCUAAACCAUAGAAACCAUCAGGACUAAGUGCAAAAGCUUAUAAACCACAGUUAGUUCACUCCAGAAAAUGUUAUAUUGGUUAAAGUAACUCCAAAGGAGACACACAUGCAAAAGAAAUUAGUAGCUUAGAUGGUAGACCUUAAAUCUAACACACACAUUCAGAUUCUUCCUAACUAUGAAAGCAACACAUAUGGAAACAUUAUUAAGGGUCGUAGUUGGAUUUACUCAUCCAACUACUGAUGAGUGUGAAUAACCCUGAAAAAUAUUUGACAGUAUUUGAACAGAUGAACUGUUGGUGGCAUUUAGACUGUUUGCUUUCUGCUGAUUUUACAUCAGCUUCCACACAAUCCUGGAUAUGGUGAUGUGACAUGUGGUCUCCAUAUGAACAUUUGUUGGAGAACUGACACCAAUAUUCAUGUUUAUUUUGCAGUAAAUUUUUUUUUCUUUGAGGGGGAAGGGGGAUUUGAUCAGAUUAUGACAAAAACACCCAGAGGUGAGAGAAAACUGUUCUUUUCCAUCUCAUUUAUGUCUAUCAGACAUCUGUCCCCUUAGCAGGAUUUUUGAAAAACGUCAACAAAAAUGAGCAAUACCAAAUUUAGCUUCUUUAAAAAAGAUUCUCUGGGACACAGAACCCGUCUCCUUCCUUUGACUAUGCUUUUCUUGUCACAUUAUCGUACAGCCAAACGUUUAUGUCAUGGUCUUGAAUGUUUAAAAACCAAACUUGAAUCUGUCCGUACUUAAAGUUCUUUCAGACAAAUUUCUUGACAAUUCCCAAACAUGUUCAUUUAGCGAUGUGUCUAGUUACAGUUUAAACCAGAAAUCUACAUACAGCAAAUAAAAAGACACACACAUUGUUUCUCACUGUUUGCGGCUAAAUCGGACCAAACCUCUCUUGUUUUAGGUUGGUUAGAAUGACAAAAUGCUAAAUGCCAGAAAGCUUAGCAAUAACAUUUUUCAAAUAUUGUUUUGUAACUUCCUUUGAAUUUAGAAGUUUGGUUAUAUCUGAACAAAAUCAAAGAAAUUUGUCUGGAAGCUGUAUGACUUGGACCAAACCUUUUAGGACUCCUUCCACAAGUUUCUCACAGUAAUUUGAAGGAGUUCUGGUUCAUUCCGCCUGAUAGAAAAGGCAUAACUCUUUCAGGUUUGUAAGCCGUCUCACAAAUUCUCCAUAGGACUCAGACUGGGUCUUUGUGAUGGCCGCACCAAAAAACUGAAUUUGUUGUCCCUACACCAGGUCUUUGGCUUUAGUUCUGGGAUCAAUCUGCACAUUUUGGACCAAAAGACGUUCAUCUCUGGGAUACAGGAACCGUGUCCUUCCUGAUCUGUAUGAUGGCAUUUAAUUACAAACUUCCGUAGCUAAAAGUUGGUGAAAUCAAUUCCUUUGUUGAAGUUACAAAAUGUAGGUUAUGGAAAAUCAAUCUGGAUUCUGCACAAAUGAAAUAAAUUCAACUUCAUAAGAACACACCCCUUUUUUUAAGUCUGCUUGCAUGAGACGUUAAAUUGUAUAUUUGGUUCGGAAGUGUUUGUUCCUGUUAGCUGUGAAGUUAAAAUUAGAGAGGAAAAUCCUGUAGGAGUUUUGUAAUUGUAUGGGGUUUUUUUUUCAGUCUUUCAAAAAGGGCAGUGUUCUGUAAAAUCUCCUCCUCGGACCUGCAGUUUCUAAACUUUGGCCUCACAGAGCACGGCCCCUCUCAGCUCCUUCAGACUAGCAGCAAUUAGCAAACACCAGCUGGAGCUCCGCCUCUUCUGAGCGUCAGAAAGAACAGAAGAAAGACUGUCUUAAAGAGACAAAGGCCCAAUUUUAAAUUACGAAGUCUAUCAUCUUUUAUGUCAUAUUUGACAAAUAUGCAGCAUUUUUGCAAUAACUGAAGAUUCUUGAUAGUGUUAUGAAACGGCACUGUGUGUCUGGAAAAUACACAACAGCCUUUACAUUAUUAAGUAUAAGUAUAGAAAUUGUAUUCUUUGAGUCACGCUUUUAAAAAAGGUUUACAUUUAAAAUUGGGUCCCAAUUAGAAAUAAAAGAUACAAAACUUCAACCUCACAGUUAGAAGACACAAAUACUUUUGAGCCAAAUAUACUUCCAUAUAGAUGCUGUGAGGUCUGCAGGUUUUUUAAGUUGUUCUUGUAAGAACAUGUGACAAGCUCUGCUUUAUCGCUGGGUUUGUUCCGGAAAACAGAUCCAUGGUUUUAUAGCUUUUUCCUCAAUUAGUAUUCUAACUGUAAACUUUGCUCUCGUAAUGUUGAUGGCACCACCGCAAACAGGCUGGAAAUGUAAUAAAUCUCCCUAUGAAUUUACAGAUAACAUUGAUUAAAAAUAAGAUGCCUUUUGUCAGAAACCUUUAAACAUUCGACUGCAACUGUGUUCUCAGUUUCCCUCCUUUCCCUGUCAGUUUUUAAUUAAAUGACUAUAUUAGCAAGGUAAUAUAAUUGGAAUCUUGUUUUUAUUACAUUAAUGUAUUAAAUUUUUUCACGUUUAUCAUUUGAAAGCAAAUGUCUUAUUUCAUGUAAAAUACCUUUUACAUGAUUGAAGUAUUUCCCGUUUCUGAUGUAGGUUUUUCUACGUGCCCUCUGCUUCGUUCCAGGGUGUACGAUGUGGCUUCCACGCCUUGUGUUGGAUUAUUGUAAGUGACGUUUUGCCAGUAGUUUCCUUCAAUCAGCUGUUUUCUAACGAUGUUCUACUUGGGCUUUGUGUCAUCCUGUGUAACAGUACUGCAUGUAGCUGGUGUCCACUCCUCAAAGUGCUUUUGCUUCAUGUGUGAAAUCGCUGGAAACUUGGGUUUUGCCUUCUCGAAGUGCCCAUUAUUUCCGAGAACAUUUAAAUAAAAGGUAAAUAAAAUG